GAAGUCGAACACAUCUAAACUAUUUCUGUCAGUCACAAUACCUGCAUCUUUACCUUUCGCCAUUUACACCUGAAAACAUUUACACCUUUAACUUCUUUAAAACAGAAAUCUUGAGUAUCAAAGUGUCUACUUACGUUUAAAGACGCUUACGUUUAGCCUACUUAAUGUUAACUUUGACUCGAGUAUCCAGAAACAUUUCCAUUGAGAUUCAUCAGAUCCAUUCAGAGUCUGCUGAGGUGAUCAGAUUCAUCAGUGGAGAUCAGACUGAUGUGACUGAAUGAUUCAUGGAUGAUUCACAGACAUUCAGAGAUGGAGAUGAUUCUCCAGGACUCAGAUCAGUCCAUCAGAAGAUAUUAGACUCACCUGAGAUGAGCUGUCUGUCCAUGAAGAGUGACAGGUCUAUGACUGCACCAACAAAUUUUAAAGGUGAAGAUACAUCGCCUGAUCAGAGGUCAAUAAAGUUGUCUGGAUCAGACUCAACAGAUCAGAUCAGAGUGUCUUUGAGUGAUCAGACUAUAAAUGUUCAACAGUCCAAUAAAAGAGACUCUCAUAGUUUCAGUUAUGAAUGUAAGUUUGCUGAAGUUCAAAGCACAUUCAGAUCAAAUCUGAGGAAGAAGUUUGAAUGUUUGUAUGAGGUAACAUCAAAUAAGAGAAACCCAACACUACUGAAUGAGAUCUACACAGAGCUGUACAUCACAGAGAGUGAAAGUGGAGAGAUCAGUAAUGAACAUGAGGUGAGACAGAUUGAGACACAAUCCAGAAGAACAACAACAGAGGAGACACCAAUCAAAUGUAAGGACAUCUUUAAACCUUUACCUGAACAAGACAAACACAUCAGAAGUGUGCUGACAAAAGGAGUCGCUGGCAUUGGAAAAACAGUCUCUGUACAGAAGUUCAUUCUGGACUGGGCUGAAGAGAAAGAGAAUCAGGACGUCCACCUCAUAUUUCCACUUCCUUUCAGAGAGAUUAAUCUGAUGAAAGACAAACAACUCAGUCUUUUAGAUCUUCUUCAUCUUUUCUUCCCAGAAACAAAAGAAAUGGAAAUCUCCAGUGAAGAAUAUAAAGUGUUGUUCAUCUUUGAUGGUUUGGAUGAGUGUCGUCUGUCUCUGGAUUUUCACAGCAGUGUGAGGUUGUGUGAUGUAAGUGAAUCAACCUCAGUGGACGUGAUGCUGAUAAACCUUAUCAAGGGGAAUCUGUUUCCAUCUGCUCUCAUCUGGAUCACCUCCAGACCAGCAGCAGCUGAUCUCAUCCCAUCUGAAUGUGUUGAUCGAGUCACAGAGGUACGAGGCUUCAGUGAUCCACAGAAGGAGGAAUACUUCAGGAAAAGAAUCAGUGAUGAGAGUCUGUCUGAUCAAAUCAUCUCACAUCUGAAGUCAUCCAGGAGUCUCUACAUCAUGUGUCACAUCCCAGUCUUCUGCUGGAUUUCAGUCACUGUUCUAGAGAGAAUGUUGAGUGAAGCAGAGAGUCAAGAGAUCCCCAAAACUCUCACUGAAAUGUACACACAUUUCCUGAUCAUUCAGAUAAACAUCAAACAUCAGAAGGACUAUGAGAAGAAAGUCAAGGAUGAAGAUAUGAUCUUUAAACUGGGGAAACUGGCUUUUGAGCAGCUUGUGAAAGGCAAUCUGAUCUUCUAUGAUGAAGACCUGAGAGAUUGUGGCAUUAAUGUAGCAGAAGCUUCAGUUUACUCAGGAUUGUGUACUCAGAUCUUCAGAGAGGAGUUUGGUUUGUAUCAGAGGAAAGUUUACUGCUUUGUUCAUCUCAGCGUCCAGGAACAUCUAGCAGCUCUUUAUGCUCACCUCUCCUUCACAAACUACAACAGAAAUGUGUUUAAUCAAAACCCAGCACUUGAUCAGUUUAACAAAGUGUUGGACAUAAAGAAACAUAAAUCAUUAGAACACAUUUUAUUAUCUAAGUUCCAUCAGCGAGCUGUAGAUGAAGCUUUAAAGAGUAAGAAUGGACAUCUAGAUCUUUUUCUGCGUUUUCUUCUGGGUCUUUCACUGAAGUCCAAUCAAAUUCUUGUACAGGAUCUACUGACACAGAUGGGAAAAUUCUCCUACAAGAAAGAGGAAACUGUUGAGUACAUUAAACAAAAGCUCAAUGAGAAUCUGUCUACAGAGAAAUCAAUCACUCUGAUUCACUGUCUGAAUGAACUGGGUGAUGAUUCACUGGUGAAGGAGAUUCAAGAUUAUGUAAAAUCUAGUUCAGUAGGAAAUUUCAGUCUCUCCUCUUCACAGUGGGCAGCUUUAGUUUUUGUGUUAUUGAUGUCUGAGCAGAAUUUGGAUGAACUUAAUCUCAAUACAUUUAUUGGUCAUGCAAAUAAAGCAGAGGAAGUUCUUGUGAGACUACAACCUGUGAUCAAAGAAUCCAAAAAAGUUCAAUUGUGUAAUUGUGCUAUCACAGAAGAAGGUUGUGCUGCUUUGAAUUCAGCUCUGAGAUCAAACCCAUCACACCUGAGAGAUCUAAACCUGAGCUGGAAUGAUCUAAGAGAUUUAGGAGUAAAGCUGAUCUCUCUUGGACUGAGGAAUCCUCACUGUAAACUGGAGCUACUAAAGUUGGAUCAUUGUUAUUUCACAGUUGAGGGUUGUGUUGCUCUUACUUCAGCUCUGACAUCAAACCCAUCACACUUGAGACAUCUGGAUCUGUCUUAUAAUAAUAUAAAAGAUUCAGGAGUAAAGCUGCUCUCUACUGUUCUGAAGGAUCCUGACUGUAAACUGAAAACACUUGAGUUGAGUUAUUGUGGUGUCACAUAUGAAGGUUGUGCUGAUCUUACAAAAGCUCUGAAAUCAAACCCAUCACACCUGACAGAACUGAAUCUGUCCUGGAAUAAUCUUGGAGAUAUAGGAGUGAAGUUGAUUUCUGUCGGACUGGAGAGACCUCACUAUAAACUGGAGAAACUGAAGUUGGAGCAUUGUUAUAUCACAGAUGAAGGUUGUGAAGCUCUUAGUUUAGCUCUGACACCAAACCCAUCAUAUCUAAGACAUCUGAAUCUGUCUUCUAAUUAUCUUGGAGAUUCAGGAUUAAAGCGACUCUCUGCUCGACUGAAGAAUCCUGCCUGUAAACUGAAGACACUUGACUUGAAAUUUUGUGAUAUCACAUCUGAAGGUUGUGUUGAUCUGAGUUCAGCUCUAAGAUCAAACCCAUCACACCUGACAGAACUGAAUCUGUCAUUUAAUAAUCUUGGAGAUUCAGGAGUGAAGCUGAUCUCUGAUGUACUGAAGAAUCCUGACUGUAAACUUAAAAAACUGGACUUGAGUUAUUGUGGUAUCACAGCUGAAGGUUGGGCUGCUCUGGAUUCAGCUCAGAAAUCAAACCCAUCAUCACAACAGACAAUUCUGGACCUCUCUGGAAAUAAUAUGACAUAUUGUAAACCUAAAGUUGAUUCCUAUUAGACCAGUGGUUCUCAAACUGGGGUCCGGGGCCCCCAGGGGGGCCGCGAGAUGGCGCCAGGGGGGCCCCAAUAAGAUUUUAAUCAUUGGAGUACCUGCGAUCCCUAGCAAUGAUCUGAUGGUUGACUGUGUCUGUGAAUAUAGUGUGUGUGUAGGCCUAUGAAACAAUUAUCACCCAAUACAAGCACACAUAACACUGUUGGAUUUAAUCUUUAUGAUAAAGUGGAUAUGGAGUGAAAAUAUGUGUAUGUGGCAUUUAUUUAUAAUCAUUCGUCAGACAUUUACUUCUUCAAACUCACUUAAAUUCAUGACCUCACCAUCUGUGUCACCUAUUCCUUUUGUUUCCAGAAUGUAAUGCAAAUCAACAUGAUUGUGCUGUUUUUGCAAUAUAAUCAAUGAAGGACAGUUAGUCAUCAAAGACUACGCUGAGGUUUCUGGCAGUUUUGGAAGAAGUAAUGGUUGUGUUGCCAAGUUGAAUGGAUAGGUUAAACUGUAUCUUUGGUUGUGCCACAGCUCGGUUUUCACUAGGUUCAGCUGUAAGUUUUUUUAUCCACGCAGAGAUGUCUUCUAAGCAGGCUGUAAUGAUGGGGUCAUCUGGUUGAAAUGAGAAGAUAAUCUGGGUGCCGUCAGCAUAGCAGUUGUAGGAGAAUGUUGUGUAGAUGCAGAAAAGGAGUGGACCAAGGACUGAUUCCUGAGGGUCCCCAGUGACCAUCUGGGGAGCUGUGCACAACACUCUGAAAGAUCUAUUGGCGUAAUAAGAUUUUAAUCAUUGGAGUACCUGUGAUCCCUAGCAAUGAUCUGAUGGUUGACUGUGUCUGUGAAUAUUGUGUGUGUGUGCGUGUCUCUGUGUGUGUUUGUUUUCCGUAUGUGUGUUUGCACUAAUGUUACAUCAUGAAUAAUUAAUUGUGAUUAUUUAAAAUCCUUUUUUGAUUUUAAUUUUUUGAGAUCUAAGAGUAAACAUUUUAAUCUCUGCAUCUGGAAAUGAUAGACCUUGAGAUGAUUCUGGCUGAAUAAUUAACAUAUGUGACCCUGGACCACAAAGCUUCAAAUAAAUAAAUAAAAUUGAAUUGAAUUGACCCUGGACCACAAAGCUAAUCAUAUGGGUAAUUUUUUGUAAUUGAGAUUAUUAUAUACCGGUAAUAGGAUAUUUAGAAAAUCACAUUUAAAGAACACAAUCCAAAUGAAGUAUACAUUUUACAAUGAUAAUGUUUGUUUUAGCGUUCUCUACUUCCUGUAAACAUCAGCAUUGCAAAAUGUGUCUGAAACUGCAGAAUAUAGUCAGAAUAUAGAAUUAAUGUACAUAAAUGAUCAAGCAGAGGGAGACUAGAAGAUUUCUGUAUUGUUUGUUAUAUGGAAAUGUGAAUGAAAUAAUAAUGUUUAAUAAAGACAUUUUAGAAGA